AUGUCCGUUCUGGCGCGCGCUUCCCGCAAGUCCGCGGUGUUCCGCUCUGCCUGCUUCCGCCUUGCCGUGCCGGCGAUCGCAUGGAGGGGAUUCUCGACGGCCACUGCUGGCGCAUCCCCUGUUUGCGCAUCCUCUGCCUCAGCUUCCGCCUCUCCCGCCGAUGCUUCCCCCGCUGUUGCGGGUCGUGCGUUUGAGGAAGCGGCGUCAGGUGGGAGAGUGACGUCGGCGAGCGUUGAUGGCGAAGAGGUGGCGAAGUUCGAAGCUCUCGCCAGCCAAUGGUGGGACCGCAGGGGCCCACAUGCGCCACUGCAUGCCAUGUCAGCUGCCCGCGUGGCGUUCGUGCGUGAUGCCAUGUGUCGGCACUUUGGUCUGAAUGCAGACUCUGCUCGCCCACUGGAAGGGCUGAGAGUGCUUGACGUGGGUUGUGGGGGGGGGCUUCUGUGUGAGCCGCUGGCUCGCUUGGGAGCUACAGUGACAGGUGUUGAUGUGACACGUGUCAACACACAAGUGGCUGCUGCUCAUGCUGCAAGAGAUCCUACCACCCGAUCCAUAUCUUACAAGUGCAUCUCUGCAGAGGAACUUGCAACACAGGGGGCUACCUUUGAUGCCGUGCUCUCAUUGGAGGUGAUCGAGCAUGUGGCGGAUCCUGCUGCCUUCGUCCGCACCCUCACAUCUCUCUGCCGACCCACUCCACCCUCCGCUCCUUCCUCCCCCCUCACCCCAUCUUAUGCAUCUCCUUCCCAAACUUCCACAGCACAAAUCGCCCCAUCCCCAUCCAUGCCCAUGCCACCAUCCACUACCUCUCCACCCACAUCAACACCCCCACCCACACCAACACCUCCGCCUGUACCAACAUCCCCACCUUCAACCCCCAACCCCGGAGGCAUGCUUUUCCUCUCCACCAUCAAUCGCACUGCUCGCUCCUUUGCUCUCGCCAUCGCAGCUGCCGAGUACAUCCUCUCUAUAGUACCCCGGGGAACUCACGAUUGGAAUAAGUUCAUUACCCCUUUGGAGCUUGCCCUCAUGCUGCGACGAACCAACUUCCAGCUGGCGGAGACACGUGGCAUGGUGUACGACCCAAUCAGCAACAGGUGGAAUCUCUCAAGAGAUGACAUGGCAGUGAAUUACAUUGCCAUGGCCACUUGUGUGGAGUAG